CCUUAGAGAAGCUGUGCUACAAUCUAUGGAAUGGGAUUUUCAUUUCAACCAACAAACACACUUUGAUUAUGACUGGAUUAGAUACACAGUGUAUACCCUUUUAAAACAAAAUCAUCUGGAGUUGUGGUAUCUGGUGCAUAACUGGAGUUAUAUAGAUAGAGCAUUUGAGGACAUUGAUGGAAUUGAAGCUGUGAGAGGCGAAUCCUGUAGCUUAGCAUCACCUCAAAGGAAAAAUCGUGAAAGAACUGUGGCUGCUGUAUCAGCACUAAAAAGAAAAACAUUAGGAAGGAGAGGCGAUUUAAUUAUUUGUAAGAUCAUGACAGAGUACAGAUGUUCAGAGGCAGGAUGGUUAUAUGAGGGAAACAAUGACACCAGUGUUGUACAUGGGACAUGUCUGCCUAAUAUUGAGUGGACAUGGACAUGUCUUGAGCAAU